UCGGCAAUUGAACGCCGAUGUAAAAAAAAAACAAGAACAACACGCGGCGAAAAUUAUAAAAAAACUUUUUAAAGCAGUCAUAAAAUAGUUAAAUUAAGACUACUGAAGCCAUGGCUGACGUGCUAGAUAUCGAUAAUGCAGAGGAGUUUGAGGUUGACGAAGAUGGUGACCAGGGCAUCGUGCGCUUAAAGGAGAAAGCAAAGCAUCGCAAGGGACGCGGCUUUGGCAGCGACAGCAACACACGCGAAGCUAUUCACAGUUACGAAAGAGUGCGCAACGAGGACGACGAUGAACUGGAACCAGGGCCACAGCGAUCCGUCGAGGGCUGGAUUCUAUUUGUGACAUCCAUUCACGAAGAGGCGCAAGAGGAUGAGAUUCAAGAGAAGUUUUGCGAUUACGGUGAGAUUAAAAACAUCCAUUUAAAUUUGGACCGUCGCACGGGCUUCUCAAAGGGCUAUGCUCUGGUUGAGUAUGAGACGCACAAACAAGCACUUGCUGCCAAGGAAGCACUGCAUGGCGCUGACAUCAUGGGCCAGACGAUUCAAGUAGAUUGGUGUUUCGUCAAAGGACCGAAACGCGUCAAAAAGUCGGAGAAGAGACGCAGAUAAACGACGAUUUGGAGGCCAAUGAAAUACAUUAUAUGUAACUUAAAUUAGCAUAAUCCCAACUUGUCUUUAACAUACACAAAAAAACCGAAAUACAAAUGAAAUAAAAUUUAUUGCAGCAGCAACAGUUUGAAUAUAA